ACAUGAAUAGCAUGGGUGCUGUCUAGGCUGUAUUCAGCUCGUGCAGCCCUAUAUAGAAUGGCGCCUAUCAUAGCCUCAAGAAGCAAGGUUAUCAAUUGGUAUGGAUUGAUGACACUGCACGCUUAUGCAGGUUUCGUAUAAAUAAACUAUUUUAUGUGAUGGGACAUUGGGAGGAUGAUUUAUAAAGUUGCCUGCGAUGCCGAGUCGUCCAUCAACUGGCGUUUGGAUCUUGUGCUAUGGCAACCUUUUCGUUUUUUUUCCUUCAUUUCUCAUGGGACAGUCCUAGGCAGUGCGCAACUUUAGCAAGAUGUCGCGCUUGUUUAGCCUAGCGACGAUUGUCGUGACAUGGCUUCUUAUCGUGGGGGCUCGAGGACAAGGAGGUAGCCAAAAUUCGAACAAAAUCAUGUAUCCGACGAAAGGCCUCUCGUUCAAUUACCUCGACACGGUUAUAGUAGCAUACGAAAGCAAUAUUUCCGCACCACUACUAAAAACAUGGUGUAGGUCGACCGAGGGGAAGAUCCAGCAAAAAAGGCUCGAUUAUCCUGCUGGGAUCAAUGCGGUUGCGCCGGUGGAACUCAAUUUCACGAUGGGUACGAGUAUGGUGAUGUGCUGGUUCAAUCUUCACCAUGAGGGUGCCAGCGAUGGAGUGAAUAGUGAGGGCUUCCAGUUCAAUUCAACAAAAGCCGAGCAGAAAACGUUUAGUAUGGGCUCGGCAACUUCACCCACCUCCAUUUCCCCAGCCUCGACACAAUCUGGGGACCCCACUGUGGAACCGACGAACAAAGCGACAUCUACUCCAUCUCAGGACUCUAGCGCAUCAACUAGUUCCAGCCGUGGGUUGUCCCCAGGUGCGUCAGCAGGUAUUGGGGUCGGGGUAGGGCUCGUUGUAAUAGGUAUUGGUGCGACGGCGGCGGCUCUUGUUUUUCGACGGCGUCGGAACAGGCUAGACGGCUCUGGGGAUUUCGUAUCGUCAAAUUCGUUAUAUCAUCCACCGGCAACUGGAGCUCCUAAUAUGACCGGUUCCCCCUCUUCGCAUUACCUAGGGUCGAGCUAUUAUACGCAGACCCCUCAUAGUAACAUGCCAUCAGAGCCCUCGCGAGAUGGUGGCUUGAACGCAGAAUCGGCAUUUAUUCCAUAUCAAGCAUCGAUCGAAGAUAAUGGGCAGAAAUAUCGUGGUACACCGGUUGGAUCACGGCAUGAGAUGGAAGGGACCGCUGCACCUGUUCACGAAAUGCCGUAGGGUGCUGGUCGAUUGUUGUCGGUGGCUGCGCUAGACCACGUCAGGUUAACUCAUAAUAGAUAUGAAAA